GUCAGUCUGGCAGUGCUCUGUGUUCUUCUGACCAUGUAUAAAGCUGCGAGAGCAGAGAGAGACCAGUUACAGACCAUGUAUAAUACUGUCAGUGCACAGAGAGACCAGUUACUGAGGGAGAGAGAUGAACGUACCCUGGCUACAAAGAUACAGGGCUGGACGAUAUACGGUUCCAGUAUGUAUUACAUCUCUACUCGGAAGAAGAGCUGGAAUGAGGGCAGACAGGACUGCAUAGAAAGAGGGGCAGACCUGGUGGUCAUCAACAGCAGAGAGGAACAGGAAUUUGUUGAGAAGCUGACAGUUUGUAAAGAAGCUUGGAUUGGUCUGACUGACAGAGAAAAAGAGGGCACCUGGAAAUGGGUGGACGGCAGAGAGCUGACUACUCGACACUGGAGGAAACAUCAGCCAAACAAUAAUGGUGACCAGGACUGUGCCGUAACUAGCUUUAGGAAUGACAACUGCAGCGGAUGGAAUGAUUUAUCAUGUCUAGAAAAUAAAUACUGGAUCUGUGAGAAAAAAGCCCCUCCAGCUGCUACAGGAGCAGAGCAUAAUCACCACUAGGCCUACAUGUUAGUGCCUGUUUUGUUUCGAAGAGUAAAAUUGUGACGCUUUGUUUCCAUAAAUGGACA